CAUGCAUGCAUUUGACCCGGCCCGGUCAUAGACCAUCGAGCUGACCCUGCGCUCCCUACCUAACAAAUGGGCACAGCCAUGGCGUCGCCUCUGCAACUCCCAUCUCUUUCUGCAUGCGUUCCUCCUCGCCUCGCCGCCUCUGUUCGAGCCGACCUGGAGGCGAGGCAGAUGAAGGGCCAGCGCGCCGUCGGCAUGUCCCGUCGCCGCGUGCGCGACCGAUGCUUGGAACUGGAGCGUGUCAUCACCGGCCGCUUCCACUCAGGAAGCCUCGGCCUCGAUGACGCCGUCAAGCUGUUCCACAAAUUGCUCCAGGUCGCCAGGCCUGCCUCGAUUAGCGCCUUGAAUCAUAUCCUCACGGUCGUCUCUCGCGCUCAGGGAAGGGGCUCUGCGCUCCUCGUCUCCCUCUUCAACCAGAUCCGGAUGGUCCGUGCCUCCCCAAACAAGGUAGCUGUAGCUCCCGACCUGCACACCUACAGCAUCAUCAUCUACACCUUCUCUACCAUGGGCUGCCUUCAUCUCAGCUUCGCCGCCUUUGGUCUCGUCAUUAAGACGGGUUUUAGGGUGGAUGACAUAGUCAUCAGUCAGCUUAUCAAAGGUCUCUGUGACAGCAAGAGGGUGAGUGAGGCAAUGGAUGUAUUGCUCCGACGAAUGCCUGAGUUUGGUUGCACGCCUGAUGUAUUUUCAUACACCCAAGUUCUAAAGGCUUUAUGAGACGAAAAGAGAGUUGAGGAGGCACUUGACCUGCUC